ACUCAUUUCUCUCUCUCUCUCUCUCUCUCUCUCUCUCCUCUAAGCAUGGAGUUGGGUUUGAGCUUACGAGUUGGGUAUGGGAGAGGUGGAGAGGAGGUAGAGAGAGAAGAGGAGGAGGAGGAGGAGGAGGAGGAAGAGGUAGUGAGAGUGAUGAGCAAGGGGUUCAGGGAGAGAGAGGAGAGAGAAAGGAGUGGUGGUGGAGGAGGAGGAGGAGGAGGUGGAUAUGGUGACCCCCUUGUGAGUUUAAGCCUCUUGCCUCCAAGUGCUUCUCCAAAAAGCCUCCUUGGGUUCCUCCCCCCAUGGGCUCCUCUUGAGACUAGGAACGUCGAUGUCGCGAUACAGCGAUUCGACGUGAAUCGUCCGCCGCCGCCGCCGCCGCUGCUGCUGGAGGAAACAGAGGAGGGAACGGCGAUGUCGCCGUCCCCGAACAACAGCGCCGUCUCCGCCCCUAAGCCGGGGGGGAGCCCCGCGGGCGGAGACGGGGAGAGGGCGGGGUCGAAGGGCAGCGACGAGGACGAGAACGGGCUGGGGAGGAAGAAGCUGCGCCUCUCCAAAGAGCAAUCAGCGUUCCUUGAGGAGAGCUUCAAAGAGCACAACACCCUCAACCCAAAGCAGAAGCUGGCUCUGGCGAAGCAGCUCAACCUGCGGCCACGACAAGUGGAAGUGUGGUUUCAGAAUAGAAGGGCCAGGACGAAGCUGAAGCAGACGGAGGUGGACUGCGAGUACCUGAAGCGGUGCUGCGAGACGCUGACGGAGGAGAACCGGCGGCUGCAGCGGGAGGUGGCGGAGCUGCGGGCGCUGAAGGCGGCCGCCGCGGCCCACCCCUUCGUCCUUCGCCGCUUUGUUCUCUAAACCCGGCGGUCGCCUCUUCCCCUUCGCCCCCACCGCCCCGCCCCGGCCGCCAUCGGCUAGCUAGCCUCUAAAUGGUCAUCAAUGCAUGCCACUACGUGCAUGGGCCCAUGCAUGUUCUUGUAAAUACUCUCUUUUUCUUUUUCUUUUUUUUGUGGCUAUAAUGUAGGUAGGAACAUUGGGUAGGGUUGUCUCUUUCUCUUUCUCUCUCUCACUCUCUCACUUUCUCACUCCCUCUCCCUCUCUCUCUCUCGUCUAUUUGUAGAGAGAGGGGGAAUUAAGGGUGAAGUGUAUUGAGUUUUUUGCUCUUUUUAUUUGCAUUUUAUAACAAAGUUGACAACUGAGAUUUUAGAGGGGGGCUCCUUUUAUUGUUGUAAAUACAUAGAUAAAUGUGUUCUCUUUUUUUCUAUUUUUUGGCA